AUGUUCCAAGCAUCGCCUACGAUUGCACCUUUCCUACGCAGACGCCAGUUGCUACGCUUCCUAUUUCUUGCCAGCUCGCUAUACCUAGUCUUUUGGUUUUGGCUGCCUUGCCUCGAGAGGCUCAAGACGACAGAAUGGAUGCGCCACCGUGCUGAGGCGCGUCCGCAGCCGAAACUCAACCACUCAGCCCCUAAAAACCACCCGAUCGACAAUCUCAUCCGAGAUGCGAAUGCACGCCUGGACAAUUUGUUGGAAAAACGCUCCUUUACACUCCAAGAGUCGGCCGCCCGCUACCGAGAGCGCCGCGGUCGCCAUCCGCCUCCCGGCUUUGACCAGUGGUUUGCUCAGGCGCUCAAAGAUGAGGCCAUCGUUGUGGAGGAAUUCUUCGACAGGAUACACCAUGACAUCAAUCCCUUCUGGGCCGUGGACCCGAGGGAACUGCGAACGCAGGCAAAUACACACCCGCAAGUCAUCCGAGUGCGAAACGGUCAGGUCAAAUUCGAGACAGAUGAUCCAGAUCGCGUGCCGUGGAUCAAUCUGUGGGCCAAGUUGGUCGAAGACAUGAUGCCUCACCUGCCCGACCUCGACAUGCCCAUCAAUGUCAUGGACGAGCCCCGCGUGCUUGUUCCAUGGGACCAGAUCAACGAGUACGUCGGCACCGAGCGCGCCAACAGAAGGCUCCUAGAUCCCCAAAACACCACCAAUACCUUCGGCACAUUCAAACAUGUGGCCGAGCCAAAGGAGCAUCUCCACGACCCGGGAUGGAUCACCAACGAUGCACACAGAUACUGGGACCACGUGCGAGCGACGUGCUCCCCCGACGACCCAAGCCGAACCGUGUCUUCUCUCGACUCCUUCGACGGCCCUGUGGACUUUCCGACAGAGCCAAUGCGCUACAUGUUUCACGGCUACGUCCAAAACUUCAGCCAAGCCCAAAACCCAUGUACGCAGCCGCACCUGCGCGGCAUGCACGGGGCUUUUGUGGAGAGCAUCAGCAUGUCCACGACGCACAGCCUGUUCCCGCUCUUUGGCGGCUCGAAAAUGCCCCAAAACAACGAACUGCUCAUCCCGGGCGCCAUGUACCUCUCCCCCAGGGAGUUCUACAACGGAGGAGAGGACCACGGCCCAGCCUGGGCCGACAAGAAGGACGGCCUCAUCUGGCGCGGCACGGCGUCGGGCGGGCGCAACAAGCACGACAACUGGUGGCACUUCCACCGGCACAGAUGGGUGCAGAUGAUGAACGCGUCCGUGCUCACCGCCAUGGAAAGGGGGGACCCAACCGCCGCAAAGACGUUCAAGCUGCCCCCCCGCGAGAGGUACGCGGUCAAGGCACAGGCCGACGGAAGACUGGGCGAAUGGCUCUCGCCCCUGUCGGACGCCGCCUUUGUCCACCUCGAGUGCUUCCCGGCCGUGGAGGACCGCGUGGGCACGUGGCCGUUUGGGCACGACGAGGUGCGCAAGACGUGCGCGUACACGUCGCCGUUUAUGGAGGUCCGGCCGAGUCUGCCCAUGAAGGAGCAGUACGGGUACAAGUUCCUGCCCGACGUGGACGGCAACUCGUUUAGCGGUCGGUGGAGGGCGUUUUUGCAGUCGACGAGCCUGCCGCUCAAGGCGACGAUUUACACCGAGUGGCACGACGACAGGCUCGUGCCGUGGGUGCACUUCGUGCCGUUUGAUAAUACGUAUCAGGAUAUUUAUGGCGUCUUGGACUACUUUUUGGCUAGGGACGACGAGGCCGAGGCGAUUGCGGGACAGGGCAAGGACUGGGCCGAGAGGGUGCUGAGGAGGCAGGAUAUGAAGCUGUACGUGUGGCGGCUGUUGCUGGAGUAUGCGAGGGUGCUGGACGAUGCGAGGGAUAACUUGGCGUUUGUGGGGGACCUGUUGAAGUAG